CUCAGCCUAACUAAUUAGCUACUACGUGGUGUGUGAUGCACAAAAAAACUUAAGAUUCAUUCAUUCGUGUAAUUCACAUAGCAUAAACUUAGUUUAUUGGCGAGCGUUUAAAACGAAACAAUGAUUAAAAGUUUCCAUUUAUAUUGCUGUCUUGUUUUUAACGCGCUCCUCCCUGCACGGCUGCCGUACCGCUGUGGGGUACCGUUGUCUUGGAAACAGUAUACAAUAGCCUACUCUUGGAGGAGUUGUUUGCUACCGCAGUGAAACUUUGGCUCCUGCUAAUCGGCAACUAAGUUGAAAAAGACAGUUAAAAUAAUAUACUGUGCAUUAGACUGAAUUUGCCAUUAUGAUUCCAUCAGUCGAUUCACUACUGAAAUUCGACACUCCAGUUCUGAUAACCAGAAACACCGAGAAGAAGUCUCCCAAGUCUCGUUCUCUGAGAGUGAGCCCCCUGCAGCCAGCCUCGACCGCCCCCGUCCCCCCGCCCCCCAAAUCCAAGAGCCCCACGGGAGAUGGCAGCAAGCAGCAAAUGGAGGAGAUACUCAACGCCAUGCUUCCGCCCAGGGAGUGGGUGGACAGCGGCCAGCUGUGGGUGCAGCAGGUGUCGUGCACGCCCUGCACGCGCAUGGACGUGGUGAAGCUCCAGGAGCUGCUGGACCUGAAGCUGCAGCAGAGACAGGCGCGCGAGACGGGCAUCUGCCCCGUACGCAGGGAGCUCUACACGCAGUGCUUCGACGAGCUGAUCAGACAGAUCACCAUCAGCUGCUCGGAGCGCGGCCUGCUGCUGCUGCGGGUUCGAGACGAGAUCCGCAUGACCAUCGAGGCGUACCAGACGCUGUACGAGAGCAGCGUGGCGUUCGGCAUGAGGAAGGCCCUGCAGGCCGAGCAGGGCAAGGCCGACAUGGAGAAGAAGAUCCUUGCGCUGGAGGGUGAGAAGAAGGACCUGGAGCGCCAGGUGAACGAUCAGAAGGCGAAGUGCGAGGCCAUCGAGAAACGCGAGACGGAGAGACGGCAGGUGGACGAGAAGAAGCACACCGAGGAGAUCCAGUUCCUCAAACGCACCAAUCAGCAGCUAAAGGCCCAGCUGGAGGGCCUCGUCGCCCCGAAGAAGUGACCCCUGGACCCCAAAACACCGCGUUUCUGUCACUGUGUACGCUUUUUUCACAAAAUGGAAGCCCGAUUUAUAACACCAUUUCAAGCUCUCUGCAAAAUGUCGAUUCCUGUUCUGCUAAACGUCAAUGUUCAUCAUUUGGCCCACCAGGAUUAAAUUGCUUGACAGGUAGUUUUUUUUUUCCAUGCCGUUUCCAGCAUAUAUUCUAUGUUCAUCACUGUCGUUUUUUUCAAAUGAACUCUUGGACCAAUGAUGUUCUUCUGUUAAAACUCCAAGGGAAAAGAUAACCUUGUGUUAACUGACAACUUUAACCAAAAAAAAAGAGUGUUUGCAGAAAUAAUUUUGCCUGUUUAAAUAUGCAAAUCACAUUGUUACUCUCGCUGUAGUUGUUACACAAGCCUAGUUAACUGGCAUUAACAAGGAAUUUACCAAGUAAGUUUGCUAUGCAACUUCUCUCAUAUGUAUGGUUUUUAUCUACAAUUUAUUUAGGAUUCAUGAAUAAAGAAAUGUUUACAAUAUCUGUAAAUUAUAUACCGCCAUAACUUGUUCCCUAUGCGGUAGCAUAACCAAAAGUAAUACUUUCUCUUCUGACUGGUGGUGCACCACACAUGCUACUGAACGAGAAACAACAGGUUGAGAAUGGGGCUGCUCACUAAGAUCUCAACUCUGACCUUUGACCUUUGACCUGUAAAUGAAAGUUCUGCUGCAGUCGAGUUGAGAGCAUUAGAUCACAGCAGGUUUUACCCCACGUUCAAAAGUUCACAAUGGUCUCUUUGCCAUUAUUCUUGAUUUCGUUAAAACAGAAAAAUUAUAAGAGUUUUAUAUUAUAGAAUUGGGGGUUUUGUACCGUUGUUGUUUGUGAAUAAAAGUGCAAACCUGGCUCACA